UCAAAUCCAACGUUCAAAUAUGUAUCCGCACUAAGUGAUUGCGGGUAUUCAAGAAACAAUUGCCUUGCAAUCUCUGCUUUUUAUUGCUUAGGAUUCAAGCAAAAACCAAGUUCAGGACAUCAUUUUUGAGGGAAAAAAAGAAAUGGUUGCUGUGUUCAACAAGGAGCUCCUGAGCUGGUACCUCAUUACAGUCAAACUCCGAGAAACAGUGGAAUCCGGAAUUGCAAAGACUUCUACUUCCACAAACAGAUCAAUUGAACUGCCACACCAACAUGUUCAUCAGCAGCAGCAGCAACCGUCUGAGCCACUCCAUAUUGUGAUCCAAAAUGGUUGUGAUCAGAAAUUUGAAGAGGGACCCAAGUCGCCAGAAUCCGAGUGGACGAUCAACAUCAAAGACAAACUUGAUCAGGCCGGCCAGGACGACGCGGUGAGUUCGUGGGCAAAGCACUGCAUUUACAAAGUCCCACAUUACUUGAGAGAAGGUGAUGAUAAAGCCAUUGUGCCUCAGAUUGUGUCAUUGGGGCCUUACCAUCACGGCAAGAGGCGUCUUCGCCAAAUGGACCGCCAUAAAUGGCGGUCGCUUCUUCGGAUGCUGAAGCGGACAAACCAGUGCAUAGAGCUGUAUCUUAAUUCUAUAAAAGAAGUUGAAGAAAAGGCUCGAGCUUGCUAUGAAGGGCCAGCUGCAAUGGGGCUCAGCAGCAAUGAGUUCGUUGAAAUGAUGGUGCUUGACGGUUGCUUUGUGCUCGAGCUGUUUCGCGGCGUUGGUGAGGGAUUUAAGCAACUAGGUUACCCUCGAAAUGAUCCCAUAUUUGCAAUGCGUGGGUCAAUGCAUUCGAUUCAGAGGGACAUGAUCAUGCUUGAGAAUCAGCUUCCGCUUUUCAUUCUUGAUCGGUUAUUAGGGCUGCAGUUGGGAGAUCCUGAGCAGAAAGGACUUGUAGCUAAGCUAGCACUUCGGUUUUUCGAUCCAUUGAUGCCAACUGACGAGCCAUUGACAAAGAGCGAUAGGAACAAACUCGAGUCAUCGCUUGCAUACGCAACCACGUUUGAUCCGCUGUCUGAACAAGGUGGCCUUCAUUGUCUUGACGUGUUCAGGCGAAGUCUAUUGCGCACGGGGCUUCAGGCUGUGCCGAGAGUUUGGAUCAAGAGAUGGUCACACUCGAAUCGGGUUGCAGAUAAACGAAGGCAGCAAUUGAUUCAUUGCGUUACGGAGCUCAAGGAGGCUGGGAUCAAGUUCAAGAAAAGGAAGACGGAUAGGUUUUGGGACGUGAAAUUCGAGAAUGGGAUUCUUAAAAUUCCCAGGCUCUUGAUCCAUGAUGGUACCAAGUCUCUCUUCCUCAAUCUGAUUGCGUUUGAGCAGUGUCAUCUGGAUUGCAGCAAUGACAUAACAUCCUACGUGAUCUUCAUGGACAACUUGAUCAACUCUCCACAAGAUGUAGGGUACCUCCAUUAUUGUGGAAUAAUUGAGCACUGGCUUGGCAGCGACGAUGAGGUCGCUGACCUCUUUAACCGCCUCUGUCAAGAGGUGGUUUUCGAUAUCAAUGACAGUUAUCUCUCCCCAUUGUCAGCGGAUGUGAACCGCUACUACGACCACAGGUGGAACGCUUGGCGUGCCAGCUUAAAACAUAACUACUUCAGCAAUCCCUGGGCCAUCCUCUCCUUCAUCGCCGCUGUCGUGUUGUUGUUUCUCACUUUCGCACAGACCUUCUACGGAGUCUAUGGCUAUUACAGGCCGCCGAACUAAGUUCAACAUGCAAAUGCCUUUCCUCUCUGAGUUUCGGGUUGCAGAGUGAGAGUGUUUUGUAUUGUGACACAAAAUUUCAAAUCAUAUUCUGGUUUCAUCCAUUUUUACAAGUCAACAUGCUAAACACACAAGUUUGUAGAUUGUUUGGAAACACAUUGUAUUUGUACCUAAUGCAUAUAAUUUCUAUGA